UGUAACGACGUGGAGGAGAAACGCGGUCUGUUUGUAAAUAGUGUAACUUCAGAUAGAAAAAAAAGGAAUCGCACUCUCUCGCGGAUGAAGUCCCAAAGAAUCAGGUGAUGCCUUCAGGCUCGGGGUACCUUUCCACAAGGCUUGUUCUAGCCUUAAGCCUUCUGAGCUGGAUCUCAGAAAUCGCCUGCAUCGCCGAUUACAAGUCAGGACCAAAAAAUUACGAGGAUUUUUUUAAUCGUGGUGUGAAACUAAGCUCCAAAGCUGCGCGCGAGAAACUUCCAAAUCAGAUAGAGAAAUCCAAGGUGGAUGUUUUAGGUGCUGUGCUCAAGAAACAGGUGGAAGACCUGAGAAGAUCUUCGAAUAAAGAGCUGGAACUCGUAUUUUUGAUUGACAGUUCUGCAUCUGUGGGGGCCGAGAACUUCUUUAAUGAAUUAAAGUUUGUUAAGAAAUUGCUGGCUGAUUUUACAGUGGAAUACAAUGCUACUCGGGUAGCUGUCAUUACAUUUAGUUCCAGGAAUAGGGUGGUGAAGCACAUAGAUCACGUGAGUGAGGCGAAUGUGAAUAACCAUAAAUGCUCCUUAUUUGAAGAACAAUUACCUACAAUAACAUAUCAAGGAGGAGGUACUUAUACUUUGGGAGCAGUACUUCAAGCUCAGGAAGUCUUGGAUAAAGCCCGUCCGAAAGCGACUAAAGCUGUGUUUCUGGUCACGGAUGGUUACUCAAACGGAGGCGAUCCGAGACCAGCGGCUAAAGUUCUCCGGGACCAACAGGUGGAAAUCUUUACAUUCGGUAUUCAGAAUGGAAACGUUAGAGAACUCUACGACAUGGCAUCCGAUCCCCCAGAAGAGCACAGUUACAUUCUGGACAGCUUUGAGGAAUUCGAAGCUCUGGCCAGACGAGCUUUACACGAGGAUCUUCACAUUGGCAGCUACCUUGACCAACCUCCUGAGUCCUGUAGUAGCCUAUGUCCCCCUGGAAAGGACUGUUGCGAUGAAAUGGCCCAAUGCACUUGCGGAACUACCAAUGGUCAUUAUGCCUGCCUGUGUCGGAAAGGAUUUUAUGGAACUGGUCUAAAAGGAGAUUGUCACGCAUGUCCGGCCGGCACUUUCCGUCCAACAAGUAGUCCGGGCGAUAUAUCAUCUUGCAUUCCGUGCCCGGAUGUGAAUCAAGUAUCUCUACCUGGAAGCACCAGUUUGGACCACUGUCUGUGCAAGACUGGAUUUCAAAAAGUGGGAAAGAAAUGCGUAGUUUUGGAAUGCCCGCCCUUGGAUCCCCCUGAACAUGGAUUCUUCGUGAAUGGUGGUUGUAGCCGUGUAUUCAAUGCUGCCUGUGGCAUUCGCUGUGACUCUGGAUUCAAAUUGAAGGGCAGCAGCAUUCGGUUGUGUGCAGAGAAUGGUUCUUGGACUGGAGAAGAGGCUUCUUGCAUAAUGAAAACGUGUCCGGCGUUGAGCCCUCCACGUCACGGAUCCAUGACGUGCAGCACGCCGGAUAAUGUUUUUGAAACGGAAUGCCAUUUUUCUUGUGAUCAUGGAUACACUCUCGUUGGAUCAAAAAAGAGGACAUGUUUGGCCAUAUCUUUAUGGGAUGGACUUCAAGCACUCUGUAGACCUGUUAGUUGUUCAGCUAUGAAACCUAUUCCUAAUGGAAUUAUUUCCCCGGCUAAGUGCACGAAAGGGAAAUCCAGCUACAAUGACGAAUGCACGUACGAAUGCAAGCCAGGAUUCAAACUUGAUGGACCAAAAUUAAGAAGAUGUGUUGACAAUGGCGAGUGGAGUGAGGGCGAAUUAUCCACAAAUUGUGUUGAUAUUGAGCCUCCUGUGAUUAAAUGUCCAGAAAAUAUUGUCGUUGAUGCUGAUGAAAACGACGCCAGUGCCAUGGUGGAAUGGCCAACUCCUCAAACCUUCGACAACAGUGGGGAGCCAGUUAUUCUUACUGUCAUUCCAGCUAUCGUAUCACCCAGAAGAUUCGACAUUGGCGUCGCCCUCAUACUUUACGCAGCAGAAGAUCGAGCCAGAAAUAAAGCCCGUUGUAAUUUUACUGUUACUGUAAGAGACGUAGAACCACCCACUAUCGAUAGAUGUGUAUCUCCUCCAACAGUCCUGUCGAGGGUUCUCCCUGUCUCUGUGACCUGGGAGGAACCACUGUUCUCCGACAACUCGGGAAAAUCAAUCAACGUUUGGCGGUCCCACGAGAAACCAGCGUCCUUUCCCCUGGGAACCACUGACAUUAUUUACGAAGUUAAGGAUGAAUCUGGAAAUAACAAUACGUGCAUCAUUACUGUGACUGUACAAGAACAUGCCUGCGCAUUCCCGGCUGAUCCAAUGAACGGACGUGCAAAUUGCACGGAGGCAGAGAAUGGAGUUUUCUGCUCUUUGACGUGCAACGAAGGAUAUGGAUUUGCUUUGAAAACACCGCCAUUUUACUUCUGUGCAUAUGAUGGAAUUUGGCAGCCAGCCGAAUAUUUACCUUUUCCAGAUUGUUCUAUUACUUUCUAUUCAAACGCCAUUUACAAAAUUGGAACAGUCUCGGUUACAUCAGAAGGUCUCACCUGCGAAGAUAAUUUCUUACUAGCUCAACUUGAAAAGCAUUUAGAGAGGAAAAUUUCAAACAGGGUUAGCCUUGUUUGUCGUAAAAAUGUCAUCUGCGAAGUUGAAAAUAUGAUUGCUGAAUGUGAAGAUAUGAGAGACAAAAUGGAAGAAGAAUCUAACUCCAUAUUCUUUCGAAGACGUCGCGCAUUCAACAGGACAGUGAGCGGGGGAGUUUUCCGAUACAAAAGGGGUGUACCAAUGCCUCACCUCUUGGCGAAAUCUAUGGCCAUGAACCGCUCCUCUUCUUUUGGAUCGCAAGAAUCUCCACUUUUGGAACCUCACAAUCUCUUGGAAACGAGUUCUGUUUUGAAUUUUGGAAAUACUUUCUACAGUCCAACAGAAGACGCAUCACACAUCGAUCUUGGGCCAUUGAAAACAACUCUAGAUACAUCUCCCGCAUCUGUAUUAAUGAAUGAAGACGGAUUACCGAAUAAAAUCGAGUUAGAAUUCCAGUUAAAAGGAAAGAUUGCCGAAACUUCUGAGGAGAGAAGAGAGCAGAAUUCUCUCAUGAAUAGCGUCCAGGAAGCAAUGCAAUUUCUGCAAGUUGCUGCUCAUUCCGGUGAGCUGGAUGUUUCACUGGGAAAUAAGAGACUUCAUGUGGAGUAUGUGAAGUUUGAUGAAGAGGAACCUAUGUUCGUUUGCGAACCAGGAACGGUUGCACAAGGAAAUAUUUGUCUAAAAUGUCCUGUAGGCACGCAUUUCAAUGUCAUUUAUGAAACCUGUGAAGCAUGCCCUCUAGGAACUUAUCAGUUUCUUGAAGGACAGUUUUCUUGUUUAGUUUGUCCUGACAGAACAUCAACCACUGCAGGCCAGUCAAAAAGCGUUGGGGAAUGCAAAGCACAGUGCUUGCCUGGAAGUUUCUCCGCCACUGGUCUAGAGCCUUGCGAGACGUGCCCCAUCGGUUCCUACCAACCGACUUACGCCCAGCAAGAAUGCAUUCCUUGUCCGCCUGGCACAGCAACUCACAGAAGAGGAGUUCGAAGCAGCACAGAGUGUCGAUUGCCUUGUCCUCCUGGAGAAGUGUCACGUAUUGGAUUGCAACCUUGUUUUCCCUGUCCCGAUGGAUUCUAUCAGCCUCACAAGGGAGAAAAAUCAUGCUUCAGGUGUCCUAACAACACAAGAACUGGAAUGCAAGGAGCAAAAGAUAUUAAUGCUUGCGAAGGAGUAACACAUGAAGUAGCGAAGAAAACAGUACCAGAAUCUGCCGAACUCACCAUUAACGAUUGUUUUUCGGUUCCUUGUCUUCAUGGAGCGUCUUGCCAAGCUUUGGAAAUUGGAUUUUUGUGUGUUUGUCAACCAGGAUAUACGGGUAUUUACUGUGAACUAGAAGUAGAUGAAUGCGAGUCGAAACCUUGUUUGAAUGGUGGUUCCUGUCAAGAUGAAAUAAAUGCUUACAAGUGUUUCUGUGCUCCUGGAUAUUCAGGAGAACAUUGCGAGAUAGAUGUUGAUGAUUGCUUGUUCGAACCCUGUUUUAACGGGGCUACGUGCUUUGAUAGGAUAAAUGGGUUCUACUGUAAAUGUCCAGCAGGUUUUGUAGGUCCUCUGUGCCAGUAUAAUAUCGAUGAGUGCAUAAGUAAUCCUUGUCAGAACGAUGGUUUUUGUGUGGACUUGAUUGCAAAUUACACCUGUGACUGCAUGCUUGGUUUUGAGGGCAGGAAUUGUGAGAUCAACAUCGAUGACUGCGCUAGCUCUCCUUGCAAAAACAAUGCUACAUGCAUAGAUGAUGUUAUGUUUUUUAAAUGUGAAUGUUUGGCUGGAUAUGAGGGAGAGUUGUGCGAAAUCGACAUAAACGAAUGUCAGCCACAACCUUGCAUGAACGGCGCUACUUGCGUCGAUAAAAUUGCCGCCUUCAAAUGCUUAUGUCCACCUUCUUAUAUUGGCGAUCUUUGUGAAACGGAAUUAUCAUCAGACUUUUUGUUGCAUUUUCCAUCUUCUGGAAUUCUGGACUUUGUCCAGCUCGACUAUUUGCCACGAGAACUGUCGGAAGUAACCGUAUGCUUCUGGAUGUUGACAGCUGAUAAGUUGCAUUAUGGAACACCCAUUUCAUAUGCCACAGACGAAGCUGACAAUUUGCUGACUCUUACUGACUACAGUGGUUUCGUCUUGUAUGUUAAUAUGGAAAAAGUUGUCACUGAUGUCACUGCAAAUGAUGGACAUUGGCAUCACAUUUGCAUUACAUGGUCUUCUAAUCAUGGAGCUUGGGCGCUUUAUAAAGAUGGAGUCGAACAAGACAGCGGCAUAGGACUUGCUCCAAAUACGUAUAUUCCGAUGUCUGGCACAUUGAUAUUAGGCCAAGAACAAGACAAAAGAGGUGCAGGCUUUAGUACCCCUGAAUCAUUUGUUGGAACCAUGACUCUUCUCAAUAUUUGGGACUAUGUAAUACCAUCAGAAGACAUAGCGGCCCUUAUGGUCCGAUGCGAUAAGUACCACGGGAAUGUCCGUUCUUGGGCUGAUUUCUUGUCUGGAGUUCGUGGACGAGUUCAAAAUAUAGAUUCACACUUUUGUACAGGCUGCAUGACACCUAAUCCACCACCAAACGGAGAAGUUUCGGUUAGUGGAGUGAAGACAGAUGCCCAGUUGAUCUAUACUUGUAACCCAGGAUAUGAAAUCAAGGGAGCCGCUGAUAGACGGUGCUUGGCAUCUGGUAAUUGGUCGAAUGAACAGCCAGAGUGUAUUCGUAUCAGUUGUGGAUUCCCAGGAUAUAUUGCCAAUGGUUAUAUCAAUGGCCGCCAAUACUAUUUCCAGGACAUUAUACAGUACGUUUGCAAUCCAGGUUAUAGACUAUUGGGAGAAUCUACUAGGACAUGUCAAGUUGAUAAUAAAUGGAGUGGUAACACACCGAGAUGCGAAGAAAUCCUUUGCGAAGCUCCUAAGAACAUUGAAAAUGGUGAAGUUAUUGCUUUACAAAGCAAGUAUCGUCUUGGUCAUCGUAUUCAGUUCUCAUGUGAUGAUGGAUACCGACUUGAUGGUUCCAGUACGCUCACGUGCUCAAGCAGGGGCCAGUGGAAUGACUCAAUUCCUAUGUGCCAACCUCGUUCGUGCGAAUCUCCUCCGAGGGUGCCUCACGGACAUGUAAUCGGACCUCAGGCUAAUCUGGAUGUUGGCAGUGUGGUUCGUUAUCAGUGCGAUGCAGGCUUUGAAAUGGAGGAAACAGGUGAAAUGUACUGUGAACUCAAGAACCGUUGGGCUGGGGAUUUGCCUCGCUGUGAAAGAAUUACUUGCCCCCCACCUGCUGGCAUUCAGUAUGGUUCCAUUGAAGGGAAAGAUUACAGAUACGGAGCAAUGGUCACUUAUAAAUGUGACCAAGGCUAUGAAUUACAUGGGACCAGCUACUCAGUCUGCCAAGCCAAUAAGACCUGGUCAUAUGAACCACCUGAAUGUAGACCAAUUAGCUGUGGCCGACUGGAAUUCCCUGAACAAGGAGGCAUCGAAAUGACGGAUGUUACUUUUGGAAGUGUUGUGAAGUACUACUGCCAUGUUGGUUAUGAGCUCCAGGGAAUAAGAUCUCGUAAAUGUAGAAGUAAUGGUGAAUGGAGUGGUGAAGCACCCACCUGUGUUCCUGUAAGCUGUAGUCAACCAGAAUCAAUAUCAAAUGGAAGGUACAUCGGCAGUGACUGGACAGUGGGAAACACUGUAAGUUAUAGCUGCAAUCCUGGAUACGUGCUCAUUGGGGAAGCUGAUCGAGUUUGUCUUGAAACUGGCCAGUGGUUGCACGAGGUUCCCAGCUGUGAACCUGUGGAAUGUCCUUCGCCAGAAGAUAUUGACCACGGUUACUGGAAGAGUGAUGGUCAAAGAUUUGGACAGAGAGUAACAUAUUAUUGCUAUGAAGGAUAUCAGCCUGUAGGUAAUACGGUUAGAGUUUGCAUGGAAGAUCAGAAAUGGGAGCCGGGGCCGCCUGAAUGCAGACCUGUUAAUUGUGGCCCUCUUUCUCAGGGAGAAAAUAUCAUUUUGGAAACAACAAGUUUGGUAUUUGGUGGUAGAGCAAUCUAUUCUUGCCGUGAAGGCUUUCGUUUGGAGGGUCCAAAUACAAGGGAAUGUUUAUCAAAUGGAAAAUGGAGUGGCCACGAUGCAACCUGUGAUAUUAUACGCUGUCCAGAUCCUCUUAAAGUAUCACAUGCUUACCUUAUUUAUUCAGAUAACAGAUAUGGAUCAGGAGUUGAAUACUAUUGUGAUGAAGGCUACAAACUCAUUGGAUCAGUUCAAAGGCUAUGCACAGCAGAUGGGCAGUGGGAAGGGCCUGAGCCACAGUGUGUUCAAAUUCGAUGUGCUCAGCCUGCAUCCUUGCUCAAUGGCGAAAUCAGAACUCAUGAUACAACUUACCGUAGCGUAGUUCAGUACACUUGCCACAGGGGCUAUGAAUUAAAAGGUCCAUCUGAAAGAGUAUGCCUAUCUGAUGAAACUUGGAGCGGAGCAGAUCCAUCAUGUGUUGCUAUUAGGUGCCCAAUGAACAAACUUAGCCUUGCUAAUGGUCGCAUCUUAGGUGACAAUAAUAUGGUUGACGCAACAAUACAGUACGAAUGCGAAGUGGGUUUUAAUUUGAUUGGAACAGCUACUAGGACGUGCUUGGAGAAUAAAACUUGGUCCGGAGAGGCGCCCCACUGCGAAAAAAUUAUGUGCCCUAUACCAGUGGCCCCAUCAAACGGAGAAAUAGCCUGGAGAGGACACAGUUUUGCAGAUACCCUCACUGUUACCUGCUUUGAAGGCUAUGAUUUAGUUGGAGACCAAAAACGAUCAUGUCUACCUGAUGGCAGGUGGAGUGGAGUUGAUUCCCAGUGCAAACCUGUUGAAUGCAAACUUCCACCAAAUUUGAAGCAUGGUCGUAUUAAUGUGAAAUCCUCACAUUUUGGUGGGAAAAUAGAAUAUUCUUGUGACACAGGCUACAGACUCAGGGGAGCACGUAAGAGAGUAUGCAGGUCUGACCGUACGUGGAGUGAUCGAGAUCCUGUAUGUCAACGCAUCUAUUGCCCAGAUCCACCUAGUAUCCAAAAUGGACAUUCUUUGACUCCUAAAGAGAAUUUAACAGUUGGUACUGAAGUAGAAUAUGCUUGCAAAAAAGGCUUCAAUCUUGAAUAUCAACAUCCUCGAAUCGUUUGUAAUGGGCAAGGUAAAUGGACCGGCUUGCAACCCAUUUGUCGAAUAAUCCAGUGUCCCAAACCUCCCGUUCUAAAAUUUGGUUAUAUAGAUGGCAAAAAUUUCUCCUUCAGUAGUUCCAUUCAUUUUGUUUGUAAUGUUGGCUGGAAGUUAAUAGGCGAGAAAACACUAACCUGUGAAUCGAGUGGUAAAUGGUCAGCUCCAUUUCCAACAUGUGAAGGUAUUCAGUGUCCAGAGCCCAAACAUGUAGAAAAUGGUUUUAUUUCAGCAUCUGACUUCCGUAAUGGAGCAAGAAUAACAUACAAAUGCGCUAAGGGCCAUACACUUAUUGGAACAGCCGAGCAUACUUGUCAAAAUGACAAUAGCUGGAGUGGAAAGCCACCUAUUUGCAAACCUGUAGUUUGUGAAGCACCAAGAAACAUAUCUAACGGUAAAUAUGAAGGCGAUUUGUUUGAAUAUGGAAAGAGUGUAACAUAUAAAUGUGACAGAGGUUAUGAGUUGCAUGGAGCAUCUGUUUUAACUUGCCAAGAAGACAGAAAAUGGAGUUCUGAUCCCCCCGUUUGCGAACAAAUAUCUUGUCCUUUACCAGAUCCUCUGCCGAAUGGAGAAGUUUUGGUUCACAGUUUCUCUCAGGGAGCUACUGGAAGAGAAGUUCAAGUAUGGCCUGAUGCUGGACCAAGAGGAGAUAUAACAAUUGAUGGGAAAGCAAUGUUGGAUGCGGCUAGAUCAAAUAUUUUCCACCUUGGAGAUGAAAUUAUGUAUCGCUGCUCAAAGGGCCAUAAACUCAUAGGUGAAAACACAAGAGUAUGUCAAGAAAAUGGAACUUGGUCAAAUGAAACUCCGCAGUGCAAACCAGUAAAAUGUAAUGCACCGGAAAAUAUAAUGAUGGGAGAAAUGGCAAUCAGUUCGUAUGUAUUCAUGGCAGAAAUAAAUUACAAAUGUGAUGUUGGUUAUAAAUUGCAAGGACCAUCUACGAGAAAAUGUCAAGCAAAUGCUACUUGGUCAUUCGGCCCACCCAGCUGCCAGCCAAUUGUCUGCCCUCUUGUACAAAAUAUUCCUCAUGGAUAUGUUAAAUGGAACUCGUCACGAUACGGAGCAGCAACAACCUAUGAAUGUUCACCUGGUUAUAAAUUAAUUGGCGAAUCUGUUAGAUUAUGUGGAUUAUCUGGUAGCUGGAGUGGUGAAGAACCCAACUGUAUUAUUAGAGAAUGUAAUCGAUUACCACCAUUGGAAAAUGGAUGGGUAGAGGUAGAAGGUCUUAUAGUUGGCAGUACUGCAACAUAUCAUUGCAAUGAUGGCUAUGAACUUGAAGGAACAAUGACAAGAUCAUGUCUAGUGAACGAAAGCUGGAGUCUUCUAGCUCCAACUUGCAAAAUUGUAUCUUGUGCACCGCCAUCAAACAUAGAUCAUGGUCGCGUGGAAGGAAAUAAGUAUACAUAUGGUUCAACAGUUCACUACUCUUGUGAUCCUGGAUACGAACUUGAAGGAAGUUCCGUUCUUACAUGCUCGGCAAAAAAAGUAUGGAAUGAUGCUACACCAAAAUGUGUGCCAUUACCUUGCUCAAGACCCAUACCACCAGCACAUGGUACUGUUCUCUUUAGAGCACUAGUAGUUGAUAGCACAGUUCAUUUUAGCUGUAGCGAAGGUUACGAAAUGCUCGGUUCCCCUAACAGCACUUGUUUAACGAAUCAAACUUGGAACACGGAUCCUCCAAUAUGCAAAUUAAUAACUUGCCCUGUUAUCAAAAGCUUAAAACAUGGUCGCGUCAUUGGCACAAACUAUACAUAUGGCUCUAAACUGGAAUUCAAGUGCAAUUCAAAGUACAAAAUAGAGGGUCCUGAAAGCAUUGCUUGCACUUCAACUAGGAAAUGGUCUAAAAACGUACCAAAAUGCAAGCGAUAUCUCUGUGAUGUUCCUGACGCCAUUUCAAAUUCACAAAUUCCGAUUGGACCCUAUGUAGUCGGCCAAACUAUUGAUUAUACAUGUGAUAAAGGUUACAUUGUAGAAGGCAACAAUACAAUUCUGUGUGACACUAAUGGCCAGUGGUCUGGAAACAAGAUAUCAUGCAAACCAGUUGAUUGUGGACCACCUCCUCAUGUAGAAAAUUCUCAGUUUGUCACAGAAGGAGGUUGGACUUUUGGAGGAAAAGUAACAUAUAUGUGUGACCAUGGUCAUCAACUAAAAGGAGCAGUAAGUAUCGCAUGCGAAUCCGACGGAAAAUGGACUGAACCUCCUAUGUGCGAAGUUUUACAUUGUGAACCGCCACCAGAUAUCAAAGACGGAAGCGUCGUCGUUAAGAACGUGCCUGGGCUAAGUGAAGCUAUUUACUCAUGUAAAAAAGGAUACAAGUUAAUAGGAUCACCAAAACAUACGUGCAUUGGAAAUGGUGCAUGGAAUAUCACUGACACUUACUGUGAACUAAUUUUAUGUGGAGAGCCACCAUCCAUAGCAUUUGGCAAGAUUACAGUUCCAGACAACAUGACCGUUGGAAGUCGGGGCUAUUACCAGUGUUUUCCAGGAUUCCGAAUAGUCGGUAGUACCACAGUGGAAUGCUCUUGGCAGGGUCUAUGGGAAGGAAAGCCCCCGCACUGUGUACCAAUCACCUGCCCACCGCCGGAAAUACCAGAGCAUGGAGAAGUGGAUGGCGAGGACUAUUCAUUUCAAAGCGCAGUGCUGUAUACCUGUGACAAAGGCUAUCAGAUUUUUGGCAGAGAUGAAAGAUUUUGUUUGGAAGAUGGUACUUGGUCGGGAGAGGUUCCUCUCUGUAGAAAGAUUUCUUGCGGACAACUUGAUGUUCCUGAAAAUGGCUAUGUUGUGCAAGAUGUCCCUGGUCACUAUGGAGAUCGAGUCACUUUUGCUUGCCAUAAAGGGUAUGAAAUGAUAGGAAGCGACACCGCAAAAUGUUUGGAAACUGGAAAAUGGGAUAAACCUGUCCCUAAAUGUGUUGGUGUCACAUGCGCACCACUGAAGCAGUUCCCACCCUAUGUUGUUCCAUUAACAUUUAAAGAAGAAAAAUUUGCUAUUGGUGAUAAAUUAUAUUACACUUGUGAACCAGGUUUCAAAGCCUUUGGCGAUCUUACAUCACACUGCCUGGCAAACAGCUCAUGGUCUAUUCCAACAGGUGGAUGCAAAAAGAUGGCAUGUGGACGCCCAAGAACUAAUACUGGUGCAAUCUUAUUGGGCAUGUCUUAUCAGUACCGGGAUAAUUUGGUGGUAGUUUGUCCACCUGGAAGUAAAGUGAAAGGAAAAAAGAUAUUAUCAUGCACUGAUAGUGGAGAAUGGGAUGGGAAAGCAGAAUGUGAAGGCAUGUGUACCAGGCCAUGUAUGAAUGGAGGCAAAUGCAUUUCGCCAGGAUUGUGCAGCUGCCCGUCUGGAUUUGUUGGAGAUGUAUGCCAACAUGCUGUUUGCAUUUUGCCAUGUUUAAAUGGUGGAACUUGUGUAGGGCCAUACAAAUGCAAGUGUCUUGAUGGAUUUGCGGGAACAAGGUGUCAGAUACCUCUCAAUACAAGGAGAAGGCCAUACCACAGGUAGAGAAAAUAGCUACUGGUGGCUGAUGGGUUAAAAAGGGAACAGCAUUCAUCUGUUCAAUUACAAAUAACAAUUGAUUAUCAUCUCAUCUACAUCCAUAGACAGAGAUUAAAACCAUAUUUGUAAAAAUGUAUUAUCUAAAAUUUUAUAACUACUUUUUGUAAAUAAAUAUUUUAAAACUAUG